AUGGAUGCAUACUCUAUUUGUUGUACUAACUCGGCGGGACGAAGUACAUCCAAGAUUUAUCAAGACCUCAAAGCAAUUCGGAACCACAGUCUACCGGAAUUCGACCCUGGAUACAUGCUAAAGAAAAUCUCUCGCAUGGAGGCCUCAAAACAGCGUGAGACCCACGGCAUCGAUACAAGGCCUCAUGUGGCCAUCGUAGGAGCAGGCCUUGCUGGCCUUCGUUGUGCCGAUGUCCUGACCAGCUACGGUCUCAAAGUCACAGUUCUUGAGGCUCGAGAUCGGAUAGGUGGUCGUGUGCAUCAGGAAACACUCGCCAAUGGGCGUCUAGUUGAUAUGGGUCCCAAUUGGAUUCAUGGCACAUCAAAUAAUCCCAUCAUUGGUCUUGCUCAGGAGACAAGUACGUCAGUGGGCAGCUGGGAUACGGAAACGUACAUCUUCAAUGAGUCUGGGAUUCUGUUUCCGCGUAAGGAGGGACAAGAAUAUGCCGACAUGAUGUGGGACAUUAUCCAGGAUGCUUUCAAGUACUCUAAUAAGUAUUCAAGCUUCAUCAAUGACAAAGAGAGUCUGCUCGAUUUUUUUGAGGAAAAGGUUGUCGAAAAGAUCCCCAGCACGCUGGAGAACUACGAGCAAAGAAGGAGAAUAGUUCUACAGCUUUCCCAGAGCUGGGGAAAUUUCAUCGGAAGUGCUGUGGGAAGACAAAGUUUGAAGUUUUUCUGGCUUGAGGAGUGCUUGGAAGGAGAAAACCUUUUUUGUGCUGGUACCUACCAAAAGAUUCUGGAACUUGUAGGCCAGCCAGUACUUACUGGAGCUGCCGGGCUGAAGUUGAGAACCAAGGUAGAAAAGAUUUUCUCCAGGACGCAGCCAACCGACAUGGUCAAACUUCAGGUCAAUGGCGGCCAGAUAUUGGAGUUUGACGAGGUCGUUGUGACCUGUCCCCUUGGUUGGUUAAAACAGAACCUCGAGGCCUUUGAGCCCUGUCUCCCUCAGCGAAUAACAUCGGCAAUCGGAUCCAUUAGUUACGGUUGCCUCGAAAAGGUUUACAUCAGUUUUCAAGAGGCCUUCUGGCUCUCGAAUGACGAAGAGGAGGGCCGCCAUGUGCAGGGUUUCGUACAAUGGAUGACGCCUAAUUAUGCAACUGAGACAAACCCUAACAAAUGGAACCAAGAAGUGGUUGAGCUGGCCAACCUCAACCCAAAGUUCGCUCACCCUACGCUUCUUUUCUAUAUUUAUGGCGACCAGUCUGACUACAUUACCUCCAACCUCGUCAAGCUCACCAACCAAGUCGAAAAGAAUACUUUCCUCAUCAACCACUUCCGGCCCUACUUCUCCCGCCUCCCGCACUUCUCAGACCAGUCUCCAGCUUGCAAGGUCAUCGGAUGCCGCGCAACAGAAUGGCGCCAGGAUGAGCUUGCGGGCCAUGGAAGUUAUGCCAACUUUCAGGUGGGUUUGCAAGACGGAGAUGGAGAUAUUAGGGCAAUGCGACAGGGGGUACCCGAGCAAGGACUUUGGCUUGCAGGGGAGCACACUGCCCCAUUUGUGGCAUUGGGAACGGCCACUGGGGCUUAUUGGAGCGGUGAGUCUGUGGGGAGAAGAAUUGCCGAGGCCUAUGGAGUGGCCAAGGAGUCUGUCCCCAAUGGGAGUCAUUAA